GUGCUGCGAGGCACCCCGGGGCCGAAGGCAUGGAGGAGAGCAUGGAGGAGGAGGAGGGCGGCGGCGGCGGCGGCGGCUACGAGGCGAUGAUGGACGACCAGAACCACAACAACUGGGAGGCCGCCAUGGACGGUUACCGGCAGCAACCGCCGCCCCAACCGCCGCCCCCCUCCUCUUCUUCCUCCUCGCCCCGGGAGCCGCCGGGAGUGCAGCUGCUGGCCGUGGCGGCGGCGGCCUCGGAGAGGAAGGGCCCCAAGGAAGGGCUGGGGCCGCCGCCCGAGGCCAACGGGGUGACGAUGAUGAUGAUGAAGAGCUGCGACGCGGCCGCGGCCAAGGCGGCCACCGCCCCCACCCCUAGCGCCACCAUCAACAUCAAUACCUCCACCUCCAAGUUCUGUGAGUCCUCUCCCGACCCUCGGCGUCCCUCCGCCCUUUGUCCCGCGGAUCCCCCCUCCCACAGCCAGAGCUCGGUCGAUUACCUGCCUGGAGUGGCCGCCGUCCAUCGUCCAGAGAGCCCAAAGUUGGCACGAUCGUUAUCUCCCCGCUGGCAGCCACCCUCCCACGUAAUGAAUGUUAUAACUAUUGAAGAUUAUAAGAGCACAUACUGGCCAAAAUUGGAUGGUGCCAUAGAUCAGCUUUUAACUCAAAGUCCUGGUGACUAUAUCCCUAUAUCAUAUGAACAGAUAUACAGCUGUGUGUAUAAAUGUGUAUGCCAGCAGCAUUCGGAACAGAUGUAUAGUGAUCUGAUUAAAAAGAUAACUAACCACUUAGAGAGAGUCUCAAAGGAGCUGCAGGCCAGCCCUCCAGAACUCUAUAUUGAAAGAUUUAACUUAGCACUUGGACAAUAUAUGGGAGCAUUGCAGAGCAUUGUGCCUCUUUUCAUAUAUAUGAAUAAAUUUUACAUAGAAACCAAGCUUAACAGAGACUUAAAAGAUGAUCUUAUAAAGCUGUUUACGGAACAUGUUGCAGAAAAGCACAUUUACAGCCUAAUGCCUUUACUUUUAGAAGCCCAGUCAACACCAUUUCAAAUAACACCUUCAACUAUGGCAAAUAUUGUGAAAGGCCUGUAUACACUUAGACCAGAGUGGGUUCAGAUGGCACCAGCUUUAUUUUCUAAGUUCAUCCCAAACAUACUCCCACCUGCAGUGGAAUCAGAGCUUCAGCAAUAUGCAGCUCAAGAUCAGAAACUCCAGAGAGACCUUUUACAAAAUGGAUUUGCAAGAGGUGAUCAGUCACGUAAGAGAGCUGGAGAAGAAUUAGCUUAUAGUGUCCACAUAAGGACCAACUUUUCAUGAAAUUCAGACUGACUCCUGCAGAUGGCUCAUCAGCAUGUGCCAGUUCCAGAGGGUACAGAUAGUGAAUGUGUCCUGAAUGUGCUUUCAUUCCUAAAAGGAGACCCUGGAGGAGCUGGAAUUGUAUCCAGAGCACCAGCUUGGGCCCUGCUAAGACUCAGGAGCUCUGUCGCCAAGGUAGACUUGGAAGAGGAGGUUGGACUUCAUGCUUGGUUUUCUAAUUUUUCUUAAAAUGUCAGUUGCUGCUAGACCUGGGGAUAAUUUUGAGAGGUGACAAUCUUUCAACAAAUUUUAUUCACACCUUCUCUGAGGAACAGGUAUCUUGAGAAGCAUUACUCAGUGAAAAUUGGCAGCCCAAAUCAGCAGCUUCCUGCAAAAGACCAGAAGAAUCCUUUUUUGCACUUAUUUUUUGUUCAUUUGUGGACUGUUAAGUGUGUUGGUAUAUAUCAGUUUCAUAUGUCAAGAUAUCUUUUACUUAAAAAUCAUUACAAUACAGUAUUUUUUUGUCCAUAACCAAAACAAAAUCCCCUGUUUAAAGAGUUGGUCCUUUGUUUAGCAUUAGAAAGUGUGUUAAAAGAGAUUGCUAACUCUGUUUUGUCAUAAAUAUUCUGAAUUCUUAUUGGUUCUCUUUUUUCCACUGUGUGCCUUGAGCUUUGUGCACUUUGCAACAACUGAUUGCAAAUUCAGAGAUGCUUCCUGAAGAUGCUUGUGGUGUCAUAUACAAACCCAGGAAGGCGCUAACUGCUGCUCAGCUGGCAGGGUGCUCAUUGAGGGGGGAAAUUGUUAAUCUGUAGCAGAUUGGUCAGAUAUUCCAUCUGCUUUAAUAUGUGUGUGUUCAUAUUAGUGUUGGGGACCAACUCUUGGAGAAAUUUCCAUUCCCUUUAUCACUUAACCAUGAAUAUGUUAGCUGCUGCUGUGAUGGCAGUAAGUAAGUGAAUCUCAGAACACACACCACUUUUGUGUUUCUAGGGUUGUCAGAACAACUAUCACCUUUUAAAGUUCUGAAUUAGAUUUUGAAUCCAGAUAAAAUCAGUGGUGUAGGGUUCCUGAUACAUUUCUUUUUAAAUGGGUGAGAAAUGUACUUGACAAAACAAAGCAGUUUGACUCUAGCUUUUGGUAGCCAUAUCAUCCUGAUAGAGCUCAUUGGCAUGGCGGAGGUGGGGUUAGACCUACUUUGCUGUCACAAGGACCUUUCCCAGCAGAGGCAAAGGAGUAUUUUUUCUUCUACAUCCACAGUACUCUCUCUUGGCCAAAUUCUUUUAAGUUUAUCCCAGUUUAAAAGGAGGAGAAAAUUGCAAGAUGUGGCAGGAAAAAAAUUUCUCUUCUUUCCUUAAGUCCAAAUAGACUGUAUUGUUUUGUGUUACAGACUUCAGUUUUAUGUGGCUGUGUCAGCAUAACUUUUACCUCCUCAAAAAUUGUAGAGGUGGCAAAGAGGCCUUUAGGGGGACCCUUUGGAUUGGUCCACUCACUCCUGUUUUGAAGCCUUAUCUCAUGUAGCCUCCAUAAAUUCCAACUGGCUCUGUUUGGGAGGGAGUUAGGCAAUAAGACAUAGGGUUGAAAAGAAAGAUCCAGGGGAGCAAUUCAUCCUUUCAAAAGUAGCCUCCACUUUGGGAAAACUUGUUCCACUAGGAAAGCAAGAAUUGAAGAUGUUAUUGAGUUUUCCAGUUAGUUAGGAUCAGUGAUUAAGGAGAACCUUCCAGUCUUAUGGAGCACUUUGAGCAGGGUCCAUUUAACCAUCCAAGGAUCUAUAGGCUGUGGUAAUAGAUGUUGAAUUAUUGUAAAAUAUAUAUAUGUAUAUAUAUAUAUGUACAUGUACAGGAACAAAAUGUGACCUGAGAAAUUGAUUCGCUACAUCAGUAACAUUCUAAUUUAGAGUGUUGAAGAAUUCUUUCAUCAUGAAGUUAGAAUUUUACUUUGUUUAAUAAAAAGUUUGAUAUUGAGCUUGUAAAUAGUACACAGAACUGAAGUCUCACGUCUGAGAAGGUGGUUAUAACAAAUUUUCAUUCGGAAGUAAACUUCAUUGUCCUACAAGAGGGAAAAACUGAACAUUCCUCUUAAUGUAGAUGAAUGCAUAAGCACCCUAGCAGUAGUGAAAACCUUUUUCCACAAUGUAGCGUUCUUGCUUGUCCAGCAGUAUGUAUGAAUUUCCUUUGUAAGAAAAAAAAAUACUGUAUUAUGUUGUGAAUUGGCAUUAAAAUUUGUGUAUGUUUUUGCAUUAUUAAUUUAAUGCAGAGGUAUUUUUAUACUGUCUUCUAUGGUUUUAUUAUUGUGUGUGUUUUAACGUAAUAGAUAAUAGCCUACAUUUAGUUUUCUAAGUUUUACACUGUGAUUAAAGGCAUCUCCUUUCUGGGAGCUGGUACUGUAAAGCCACGAGGGUAAGGUAAGACAGAAUUGGUCAUUCUUCUGACGACAUAACUGGUUUUGCUUUGUAUAUUGUUCCCAAGCUCCACUCCACCCCUGAAACGAACUCAUCAAUAACAGAAAUACAAACUAUACUUUGGAACAUAUUUCUGUAUUAAUAUUAAAUGUUUUUUUUAAUUUGUUGAGUGAAACAAUGUGAUAUUUAAAUUUUAAGAUUAUGUACUGAAUUCUUAUUUGUAAUUUGCUGGCUUGAGAUAUGCUAAGUAACAGCAAAGUUUGCCAUGAGACUUAAGUAAAUAAUUGGGAUGGCGGAGGGGAGGCAAACAGAUUUGGGAUUUCUUUGAUGCUAUAGAACUGUAGGUGAGUAAAUGCCUCUCUGCCAGUGCAGGUUGGCUUCUUCUCUGCCUCAGUGGCCUAGAGCAGUGGUGUCAAACUCAAAUGGAAAUGAGCCACUAGAUCUUAUCUUCAGAUCCCUGUGGGCCUCAUAUUAACUCAGAAAACCACAUAUUAACAUUCUGUUCUAUUGUAGUUCUAUUUAUUUUGCUAAGUAUUUCCCAAUUACAUUUUAAUCUGGUUUGGGCUGCACAGUGGUCCUCAUGUUUGAUACCAAGAAGUUAAAGAACUUGUCUUAUAUCUCAUAGCUAGUCUAUAUCAGAGGUGUUACUCCAACCCAGGUCUUCAUCACUCUGAGGCUGACUAUUCCCUACAACAUGCUGACUUUGUAGAAAAUACUCACCAUGAAAAUGCUUUCUUGAAAUACUUUUUGCUUAUGUUUUUUAUCAGUACCACAUUAUUGCACAUGUCUGAUAAUCCUCCCUAAUUUUUGUGCCCUGGAUGAAAAAUAAUUGAAGGCAGAAGGCCUCAAAAAACCUUCAAACAGUGAUGUAACAGUUGGAUCAAAUUAAUGAAUUUUUUUUCAUAAAGAUUACUUGUUUUAAAGAUUUGCCUUCAGUUUUAAAGAUUUGAAUUUAGUACUAGCCUCAUCUUGCUAUCUUUCUGUCUCACCACUUUACCCUUACCCAGAAGGAAUUGUUUCCUAUUUUUCUUGUAGGAGUAAAAAACAAAAAUCUUGUCAGGAAACCUGAACUUUAGCAUAAGCUUCAACCAAAAAAUGUUUUAAAAUAUUUAUCUGGUGCAUACUUAAUUUUCUGUCAGUAAGUUUUACACAAUUGCUAUUCUUUCUAUCAUAACAUAUUUUGGGAAGGUAUGUUAAGAUCAGUUGAGAAAGGCGGUUUCUUCUCCCUUUGAAGGAGAGUAGAGAGUUUAUCCCUUUAGUCCUAGAACCUGAUUGAAUCAUGGUGCUAAGAUCUAAGGAGGUUUGUUUAAAAAAUAUUUAUGUGAUACAGGCUCCUCUGUAACAAUACUUUGUGAACAUAUGACCUUAGUAGUACAAAUAUAUAAAAUUUCCCUAUUUUAUCCCACGUAUGAGUCUCUUCUGUUGUAGUUUUGUAUGUAUUUGUUAUCCCUCAAUAAUACUUUGCACUCGGAUCAAGUAGCAGGCUCUUGUACUGACUGAAAAAGGAACAAAUCUUUCCCUCCUUUUUCACAUGAGUCCACUGACUUCCUUGUGAGAGGAGCAGCUGUGAUUGAAGAAACCCACUCAGCUUCUGCUUCUCUAAACUGAACAGUAGCUUUGCCUGUAGAUCUCUUACUCUUCUGUUUCAUUUUCUAUUCCCAUAUCAUAUGUUCCACAAAAAAACAAGACUGUAUUAUUGUUAUUAAGAUUGGCAGUAUGUCCUCCUUUUGUUUACUCUGCUGCAGAGAAAUUAAUUAUUUUAGUGAUUAUUGUGGGAGAGGCAUUGCCCUGAGGGCAUUGCCCUAAAAUUAAAAUAUUUUGUCUAAGUGCAGUUGCUAUUAAUAAUUCUAAAUGUUGGGUUAUGAGUACAAACUAAUCCAAGCUAUUAAAAGCCUUACCAUUAAAAUGAAAAAACACAAAAUCCACAUGGAACAUUUAGGACUGAUUUUUAUGGUCUCCUUUUUGAGCCUUUUGCUUGGUCUUUAACAAAGGAUAAUGAGACCCAGUCUUUCAAUAGCAAGUUUGAACAUAAGUAUAUUAUGUAUGGCUAGUGCCUAUAAGAAAACACAAGACUUUUUAGUGUUAAAUUAGCAAUUUUUAAUAAGAUUUCAUGUAAUUGUAGGAAGAAUUAGAGGAUACAAGAGCUCAUGGGAAAACAGCCUUCUUUAAAUCUUCAUUGUUCUGGCCACACCUUCUAGCUGUUACAUAUAUAAAAGGACUACCCUCUCUACUUCUCUUUUCUCCCCCCUGCCCCCCCAAUAUAAAAUAUUUAAAACACACCAGAAUCCUUUUUUAUAUACUGAGUUGAUUGAAAAAUGACUAUCAACUUCUGUCUUGUGUUUACAGAGUUUUCUGAAGAUAAAAUUAAUUAUUUCAGUGGUUCUCAAUUAAAAGGCAUAGGACUAAGUGUCCUCCCUUCCUCCCCCAAGAAAAGAUUUGCUGGAUGAUAUUGUGGGUGCCUAAUCCACAGUUAGUCUUCAUAUCUGUUCUUGGAGGACAGUAAAUAUAUUUAACAAAUCUCUUUAUUUUUAUUGGAUGGCUGUAAGAGGAUUAUUAAAGAAAAUGCCACAUCAAGAGUACAUAUUUUUAUGCAACACUCUUUCUCUUUUCAUAUGUAUAUAUUGCACACAUGCUGAUUUGAAAUUAUUUAAAUCUCUUUUGCUCAGACUUUUGUUUUUAAAAAACAAAUACAAAAAGCAAUUAUAAUGACUUACGAUUCUGAGAAACAAUAUAGAUCUGAGAUUAAUAAUUUAAAAAAAACUUAAAUUACUUUUCAUUCAUUACUUUAAUGUGAUGAAUAUGUAGCUAAUGCAGUAAGCCUCUAGACAUUCUUCCAUAAGUAUGUGCUGAGUUCAAAACAGGUAGUGAUUUAGUAGCAUUUACUGUUUGGCCAAUUAGCCAACAUUACAACCAUGAUAUUUUGAAGAAAUUAUUAGAAAUGUGGUUGCAAAGAACUGUGGUUGAGAAGCAGAAGUUCACUAGCACGAUACCCCCUGCACCAGCCAGGUCCAGGCAAGAGGCUUCUAUUACCUGCCUGCUGAAUCAUAAUAAUAGCAUUAGAGGAUCUUGUACAUAGUUCUUUUUUUUUUUUAAAUGUUAGCAUACCUGAUACUUCAUUUUCCCUGACAUUCAGAAGAGACCCUGUUAUAUUCCCUCAAGUUUGCCCUAAAACUUAUGCCAAAAUCUUUGCUGUGGUGUUUUACUUUACGGUAGGUCAUUACUUGUCUUUUCUGUAUUAGGAAAUAAUACUUUUCUUUCAUGAAUGUUAUUAUUGAUGAAAUAAAGCUUGUAAUGCUG